AUGGGUUCCCGUAGCUCAACCUCAUCAACGCGAGACCCUACAAUACUUAACAACAGAUCAUCAUCGCCUACGCUCUCCUCCGUUGGGUCCAAACGUUCAUCCUUUGUUACCAACAAUCGCUCUUCUCUUAUCAGCACAGCAGCGGCCGAGUCUUCGGGAGGAUGGAUGAGCGGUCUGUCUGAGGUCAUGGCCAAUGUAUCUUCGCGAGUUGUCGGUGUCAGAGCGCAGGAGCACGGAGCCCCCAAUCGCUCAUCAUUCCACUCUGGAGAUCACAGCGACGGAGACCACAGCGAACACAAGUCCAACCACCACAUUUCCAUUCCACAAGACGCAUCAUCGCCAGCAAUGGCAUCCACAAACCCUGAAGUACCUCCAUGGGUAUCACUCUCAGGACAUGAUGCUUCUGAGCAUGGUUCAGCUACUGGCCUCAGGAGAUCAGGAUCCAAGCGAAGUUCAGGAAGUCACGCCGGAGGAUCGAAUCAUGCAGGAGGAUCUAAUUUGGGUGCUGGACCAACCAAUCGUCAAGGAAGUAGCGGCGUUAGUGGCGGUGGCGGUGGCGGAGGAAGUGGAGGACGUCGAGGUCUUUUCCAUGGCACGGACCGGUCUAAGUCAGGAGCAGGUUCCAAUAUUGGAAAAGCGGCUAGCGCCCUACCAGAAAAGGUUACUCAGGACGACGAAGAAUCUGUCUUUGCGCCAGGAGGUUUCAAACAGCGUGGGUCAGACAAGAUGAGACUCGAGGGACGAUCAUUCAAGCUCUUCUCCCCGGAGAACCCACUUCGCCUCUUUUUGGCGUCAAUCCUGAUGUCUAAGUACACUGACCCCAUUAUCUUGGUUAUCAUUUUGACGGAAUGGGUAUUCUUCGUCAUCACACCCACUACCCACGACGCCAAGAAUAUCUUUGGAUCUUACUGGACUCACUACGGACUGUUGGCCAUCAACAUUCUUUAUACCCUAGAGAUCAUUUCCAAAGCUAUCGUCUAUGGGCUCUUCUUUGACCGCAAUGGAUUCCAAUGGCAAAAGAGGUUUCCAAAUUGGAAGUGGGUGCAGCGGAUCAUCAACGCUAUACCAUCCAACAAAACGGUUCCUUCGUCGACGCACCGCUCACACAAUUCACUUUCGCGUGUCAACAGCGUACGCUCGCGUGAAUCGACCUUUGAAAAAUCAGGAGUGCAUGUACAGGGGACUAUGGUGACAACUAUUCAAGGCGAUACAGGAAACGAACAGCCUGGGACUGCAGUGGAAGAAGAGACUGCCCCUCCGGCUCAUGCUCCCUUCUUUAGUUCGUACUACAACCGUCUGGACGGGAUUGUUGUGAUGAGCUACUGGGUCGACUUUGCGUUCAUGAUGGUGGGAAUCCAAGAUGUGUACCUCUUCAAGGCUAUCAGUGCGCUGCGGCCGCUUCGACUCUUGACGUUGACUGAAGGAACCUCAACCAUUAUCGAUUCGCUUUCAAUGUCGGCACCACUGCUUCUCACGAUUCUUGGAUUCAUCUUUUUCUUUUUCUUGAUCCUGAGUCUUAUUGGAUUAUUGGUCUUCCAAGGAGCUCUGUCGCGCCGAUGCGCUAUAUUGAAGCCAGGCAACCCUCCUACUUGUACGAAACCUGUUCGGAAUGGAACCAUCAGGGGAAUUAUCGGCUACAUUGGACAGGGAGACGGUGACGACUCUUCGCCCAGAACGUCAGCAAUGAUUUGUCAGGAGGGUCAAGUGUGCAUGCAGUUCCCCGACUACAAUCCCGGGUUUGGCUUGAUCUCGUUCGACAAUAUCUUCUUGUCGCUUCUCACCACCUUCACCAUCAGCUCAAUGGAGGGAUGGACGGAUGUUGAGUACUGGGUCAUGGAUGGUGACUCCAAGUGGGCCGCCAUCUUUUUCUGCAUUUCGAUUUUCCUUAUGAGUUUCCUUAUGAUCCCGCUUUUCAUUGCUGGUAUCACGUAUUCAUUUGGAGCUGUGAGAGCAGAGAAACGACACUCAGCUUUCUCGUCAAAACCUAAGAGCGUUCGAAUCCUUCUGGAUACAGACGAGGGAUGGCAAUUUGACGACGAGAUUCAUACGAACCUUUCGCCGAUCCGACAACGCAUCGUUCAAAUGGUCAACCAUCCUUGGUUUCAAGGAUUUGGCGCCUUCAUGGUCUUUCUCAAUUUGACAGCAAUGUGUUUUCGACGGUUCGACAGCACGCCGCAGGAAAUUAUGCGACUCGAUUAUACAGAAAUGGCAUUCACUGCCUUCUUCUUUGUGGAGAUUUGUGUUCGUAUUGUUGGCCACAGUACAUGGAAGCUAUUCUGGAAGCGGAAAAGCAACACUUUUGACCUCUUCCUGGCACUGACGACAGUGAUCAUUCAAAUCCCUGCGAUCCGACGAUGGGAGUGGUUCCGGUACCUGACGAUCUUUCAGGUCCUUCGAGCCUACCGCCUCAUCCCCGCCAUUCCCGGAGUGCGCGAGCUCAUGAGGUCUGUCGUCGGAAGUGCUACAGGAAUGCUGAAUUUGCUUCUGAUUACCUUCAUGUUCCUCUUGGUCUGUGCGCCAGCCCCGAUGAUGCUAUUUGGUGGUGACAUGCCUGAAGCUAUCAAGGCGACUGAACCGCAACCUGUCAACUUUGACGACCUUGGCCAGAACGUGCUGUUGAAUCUCUUCAUUGCCAUUGUGCUGGAGCAUUUUGAAAUGGACGAUGAUGAAAAGUACAAGAUGCAGCUUGAGAUGUACUUUGAGAAGCACCAGCGAUCCAAAAAGGCCAAGAACCGUGGACUUUUUCAGUACUUCAAUCCGUACUCGUAUCUUCCAGCGCGACCCCAGACACUGUCAGUGUAUGGAUUGACGGUCGACCAGACAGUGACAGUUCGCAAGAACGUUUUCCGGGAAUUUCUUGAAGGCGACAGUGCACCGAAUACGACGGAGAUCAUGGAGUCCAAGCUUGGUUUCAUUGUCUGGCUGGAGCGGAUGCGCGACUACUGGUUCCCGACUCAAGCCCAGAUUGAAGCUGCUCGACUGGCCAAGGAAGCUGCGGGGGCCAGAAAAGAAAAGUCUGAGUCGAAUCUGCAUGGAAUCUCUGGAUUUGGAAAGACUCAGGAUGAGAUUGACGCCAACCUCGAGAGGCUCGAUGAGGGACUGGAAAAGAUUACCUGGGACACAGACCGACUUCUGGCGCCACAAUCAACGGAGACACUCUCCCCUGAAGGCUACAGGAAGGCCAAGGAGAGGGAGAAUGCACUCAAGGACGAUCAUUAUGUAGAGACACGCGAGUUCCUGGAGGCCCACCCAAUGUACGAUCGGGCUCUUUUCAUUCUUCCCAGCAACAACCGAUUCCGGCAAUGGUGCCGCCGAGUCGUCGGCCCACGUACAGGACGCAAGAUUGUCACGAUGAACUGGUUCAACUGGGCCAUCUUUGUCACGAUCCUGGUCAGUAUUGGGGUGGUCCUCGUGGAUGAUCCUAUCGAUCGGUUGAAAGCCAAGGUGACAGGAAUCACCACGAGACUCGACAUCCUGGACGACAUUGAUUAUGCCACGACGAUCAUUUUCGUCGUUGAGCAAACCUUACGUAUCUUGGCGGAUGGAUUUCUCUUCACACCAACUGGCUACCUACGAGAUCUCUGGAACGUUCUGGAUCUGGGGAUAGUGUUGAUGAGUUGUGUCAAGGUCUUUGGUCAGAUUGACCAUUUGUUCAGCCUGACACGAGCGGUACGAGCCCUAGCAUGUCUUCGUGUUAUUCGUCUUGUCCGCUACUUUGAGGGUGUCUCUGCUAUGUUUGCCGCGAUCGGGAAGGCAUUGCCGAGGAUGGUUGUUGCCAUGCUCCUGACUUUCCUGCUCUUUUGGCCGUUCGCGAUUUAUGGUGUCAACAUCUACGCCGGGUACUUUUACAAGUGCAACGACGAGACCAUCCUGUUCAAGAACGAAUGUGUCGGCGAGUUCAUGGAUUUGCCGAGUGGAGAUGAUAAUGCCGAGAUUCUGGUGCCACGGAUAUGGGCCAAUCCUUACGACUACAGCUUCGACACGAUCCAGGCCGCGAUCUUGGUCCUCUUUGAGAUGGCCUCGCAGGAAGGAUGGAUCUUGGUCUUGCAAUCCGGUCGUGCGGUCCCUAACCACCUGGGAGAUCAGCCGUUCAUCCAGCCCAACGAACCCAACCGAUUCAACUCAUUUUACUUUUUGUUGUUCAUGUUGAUCGGGUCGAUCGUGUUUGUCCAGAUCUUCAUCGGAGUCAUCUUGGAGUCCUUCAAGACAUGGAACGGUAUCUCGUUGUUGACCGUCGAACAGCGUCGCUGGAUUGACCUGCGACGUCAGCUUCGAUUGAUCAAGCCUACGGCGAUUCCUGCAAGACCCCAGAACAAGUUUAGGGCACUCUGCUAUGACAUGGUGAACAAGAAGAAGGGACUUUUAUGGAGGAUCAUGACUGUCGUUUUGGUUGCCAACGUCUGUAUGAUUGCUUCACAGCAUUAUGCCCAGCCUCAGCUGCUCACCGAUGUUCAAGAUAUCUGCUAUUUCAUUUUCUUGGGUGUAUACUCAUUGGAGAUCAUGGUCAAACUAUGCGGAUACGGCUUCAACAAGUGGCGACUAUCGCGUUGGAAUCUCUACGAUAUGAUCAUUACCGUCCUUGCUCUCAUUACCUUGAUUCCACGUUUCCUCCAACACGAGUUGUGGACAUUACGCCUGGAGAAAUUCCUGCUGAUCACAAUCUCCUUCCGUCUCGCCCAAAGAAUCGACUCUCUUCAAGUACUGUUCCGAGCAUUGGCGAUCGCGUUGGGUUCGAUUAUUAACAUUACGGCUGUGUUCAUGGUCGUGUUCACUGUCUACGCCAUCAUGUUCCGUGAGAUCUUUGGAAUGACCCGUCUCGGUCCCUCGACAACCGGCCUCGCGAACUUCGAGACGUUCGGGAACACCAUGCUGAUGUUGAUCCGAAUGACGACAGGCGAGAACUGGGACUUUGUCAUGCACGAUAUGAUGGUCGAGGCUCCUAGCUGCACGCCCAACAAGGGGUCUUACCUCGACACCGACUGCGGGUCUCGGACUUGGGCAUAUGCCAUGUUCCUGUCAUUCUACAUUGUCUGCACCUACAUUCUUCUUAACAUGUUCAUUGCCGUCAUUAUCAGCAACUUUUCUUUCGCCUACCAACACGACACUAUCACGACGCUUAUCACCAGAGAGGACUUGAGGAACUUCAAAUUGACGUGGGCCAAGUUCGAUCCUCGAGGAACUGGUUAUAUCGAUCCAAAAUACCUAUCUCAUUUCUUGCGGUCGUUGGAUGGUCGACUGUGCACAAGAGUUUACCCGAACCUGGAGUUCAGUAUCCCCUCUCUGGUCAAGACUCAUGCGACAGGUGGCUCUGGUGCUGGCGGACUAGGAUCAGGACCGGCAGGAGCAAGUGGGCAAAGACUGUCGUCGGCAACAGACCGCUCCAAUACCGGCGCGCUCUCAUCACCACAAUUACUGUCAACCCAACCUCGUAACAACGGAUCCAACAACCGUCUGAGCCGCAUGUCUAUCAGCCCCAGCUUGUCAGCCACAUCGGCCAGUCAUCACGGCAGUGGGGCAGGUGGAGGAAUGUCCCCUCGGGCGGUUCCUAUCACAAUCUCGAGCCCCGAAUCAAGCGAUGUAGACGAGAAGAAAGCAGGCGAGCCGCAGGCGAACCUAGACCUGUACCUCCUGCAGCAGACGCUGUCCAAGAUCGAUGUAUCAGACGCCCAUCGUCGUCGACAUACCUACAAUGUCAUUUACAAAGAGGCCGUGGCAACGUGUGGUGAACGUGGCAUUUCGUUCUAUAGCAUCCUUGACAUCCUAUCGAUUAGCCUUGUCGAUAUCGAGCAGGCGCUAGGAAUGGAAGAGUUCUUGAAGAGAAACGAGCGUGUCAAGGAGAUCAAGGCGGCAGUGGCAAGAGAGACGAUCUACAACCUACUAAUGACCAUUGUGGCGCGUCGAAACUUUUUGAAGCAACGACGAAGCAAGCAAAACUCGAGGCUACGACCAGAGGUACCUCGAAUUGUGAUUGACACGUCGAUUGGAAACGACCGUGGGUACCGCCAGGAUACCUCGCCCAUGCUAUCGACUUCUCCUUACUAUGGCAGCGGUGGAGCAGGAGGAGGAGGGCGAUCGCCAAUGUUACCGUCGCCAAUGCUUGACUUUUCGAAGGGGCAUACCUACCAUUCGGACGAUGACAGCCCUAGUCCUUCGCCUGGAGCAUUCUCGAGUCAGGCUAUGCUCUCUAUUAGUUCGAACGAUUCCACGGGUUGGGACCUGAACGAGUGA